AUGCUGCGCUUCCCGGUGAAGAAAAUCAGGAAGCAGUUUAAGCUGCUGCUGUUGCUGGUGCUGCUCACUUUCGCCGUGUGGUUCACCUACCUGCACAUCAACCAGGGCAAGUCCAUCCGACUGCACUUCAACUACGGCAAAGAUGGAGAGAGGCAAGCAGAGGGGACUGACGCCAGUCACAAGAGAAACUCGCGCUCCUCAGAUAGCCAUCACAAGAGUGAGGACACCAGCGAUAGCCAUGAAGAAGACACAUCGGAGGAUGAGCUUCACGCUGCUGCAGCUGACAGAGAUCAGUCUGAGAUCUUGAAGUUUCUUGCUAAGAAGCACAAGAAGUUGCCAUGGAAACCCGAGUAUAAGGGUCAGACAAACCUGCAUGUGUUUGAAGACUGGUGUGGCUCAUCUACCGCUCAGCUCAGAAAGAACCUUCAUUUUCCUCUCUUUCCCCAUACAAGAACUGUAGUGAAGAAACUGGCUGUUGCUCCCAAAUGGAAAAACUACGGCUUGAGAAUAUUUGGCUACAUUCAUCCAUACAAAGACGGGGAUUUCCAGUUUGCUGUGGCCUCUGACGAUAACGCAGAGUUCUGGUUGAGUUCAGACGAGAGCCCGCUCAACGCCCGCUUGUUGGUCUACGUGGGCCAGUUGGGGUCAGAAUGGACAGCACCAGGGGAGUUCACCAAAUUCAGGUCUCAGGCUUCCAAGUCUGUCCAUCUCAUCGCUUCCAGAAGGUACUACUUUGAGAUUCUGCACAAGCAGGAUGACAAGGGAUCCGAUCAUGUGGAGGUUGGGUGGCGACCUUUCCUGCCAGGCCUGAAAUAUGAGGUCAUUGAUUCUGCAUACAUCUCCCUGUACACAGAUGAGAGCGGUCUGAAGAUGAACGGUGUGGAUCACAUCCCUCAGACGCUGGCCAGCCACAGUCGACUCCCUGUGGAGACUCAGACCAGCAGGCAGCACGGCGCCGACAUGCUGAAACCUGACCCUCGCGACACCUUCUUCAAGACACCGAUGAUUGACCCAUCUCGGCUGGAGAACGUGCUGCCACCUUGUCUGUACUCACCCACGUAUGUGGUUAAAGACUUCCCCAUCGCACGCUACCAAGGCCUGCAGUUCGUGUAUCUAUCCUUCGUCUAUCCCAAUGAUUUCACCCGGCUAACACACAUGGAACGAGAGAACAAGUGUUUCUACCGGGAGUCGCCCAUUUAUCUGGAGAAGUUUGGUUUCUACAAAUACAUGAAAAUGGAUGAAGAGGAGGAUGACAGGCCAUUCUUCUUCCCCAACCCUGACGAUUUUCUUGAAGAAGAGGAAGGCGUGGAUCCUGAAGAUGAAGAAGAGAUCGUGGGCACUCCGCCAUCAAAGCACGUCACACGACCCAGCCAGACGAGUCAAACCUCAAGCCCUUCUCUUAAAUCAGGGUCUGUGGCAACCAGGAAGGAAAAAGGCAUGCAGCUAAAAAAGACAGUACUGAGAGAACAGAAACACUACUUCCACAAGGACGAGACACUGGAUAGGGAUUGGAAGAAAGGGACCGGGCCAGAGGAUCCUGACAGACAGCCUGAGAUGGCUGAGACUAAGGACACCCAGAAUGACAAUGUAGUGCACGGCCGCUCUUUGUCCUGGGUUCAGAAACACAAAGAAGGAGUGAAGAGAAAGGAGCACGCCCCUAAAUUGAGUCGAUCCUCUCUCCUGUUCCCACAGAAAUCCUCCCUCACAGCACUCACCAACCGAGCUAAGCAGCUUCUGACCAACUCCGCCCAUACUGACCGUAAAGACAAUACUCAUCGUGAUAAUCCAAAACCCCACCCAAACACCAACAAGGAACGCAAGAAAGACAAUAAAAUCUACGUCACUAGACCUCGGUCUGGGAACGAGAAAAAAAAUACUGCCUCACAGCAACCCAGAGAGGUAUUCCCUGGAGUUUUCCUCUAUCACAGUGGGAAAACUACCAAACUAAUGAACCUUAAUUCCAAGCCCAAGGUGAGAAAAAGCGUCCUCGGGGCUUCUCAGUUCCUCGUCAAACCCCCUCUUAGAGAAAACAGAGUCUAUCCUUUGAGUUCAAACUCCAGCCGGCAGAGUGUGGUUCACCCGGAUUCCAGCAGGGCGGUGCUCACGAGUCACACAGAAAAGAGCAAAUUGGCAGCUACUCCAGUUAGUUCUAUCCUUCAGCCUGCUUCUCCUGUUACUCCUCCCUCCUUUCACAACAUAUCUUUGGAAAACGCUCUGCCUACCGAACCUCCCCGGUUCACCUCCUACCUCCGGACCACUGAGAUCACUGAGACGCAGGUGAAUCGAGCAGAGAUGGAGCCUGAGCAGGAGGAAGAGGGCGACCUAUCAGAGUACAGCUAUGAGGACAUAGAGCCGCGGCCAGGUUGGGCCGAAGAGGCCAUUAACUGGCAGAGGACAUUUUCCGUCAACAGUAUGGACUUUGAGACGUUGCGUUCUGACUGGAAUGAUCUGAGGUGUAACGUCUCGGGCAACCUGCAGCUACCUGAGAGCGAGGUGGUGGACGUGCUUGCGCAGUACAUGGAGAAACUGAAUGAGCACAAUGGAGGUAUCUACACACUCUUGCGGAUUAUAAACGUGGAGAAGAGGCGCGACUCGGCGAGAGGGAACCGCUACCUGAUUGAGCUGGAGCUGAUGGAGAGAGGCAGGAAUGUAGUGCGUCUGUCUGAAUACAUCUACCUCUUAUUGCACCGUGGCCGGAUUGAGGAUAGUCUGGAGACUAGCGAUGGAAUGACUGGCUCACCCCCCUCCGCUCCCAUCUCACCCAGACCCUCUGCCUCUUCUCAGCCGCUCACCCGCACCGGCCGUGCUACCUCACGUCCCGGGACGGUCUACGCCAAACCACUGCUCUGUCAGCCCGUCAUGCUGCAGUGGAAAAGAGAUGUCAUGGUGCACUUUGUGGUGCCUGUGAAGAACCAGGCUCGCUGGGUCCAACAGUUCAUCAGUGACAUGGAGCUCUUGCACCACGAGACCAAAGACGAGAACUUCAACAUCAUCAUUGUGGAUUUCCAGAGUGAUGACAUGGACAUAGAGCAGGCUCUGAGAGACAGCUCUGUGCCACGGUAUGACUAUCUGAGGAGGGAGGGGAAUUUUGAACGCUCAGCUGGAUUGCAGAUUGGAGUGGACACUAUUGAGGACAGUCACAGUAUUGUGUUCCUGUGUGACCUGCACAUUCACUUUCCACUUAACAUCCUGGAGAGCAUCAGGAAGCACUGUGUGGAAGGCAGGCUAGCCUUCGCUCCAAUCGUCAUGAGGCUGGGCUGUGGGAGCUCGCCGCAAGAGCCUGAUGGUUACUGGGAGGUGAAUGGCUUUGGCUUGUUUGGAAUUUAUAAGUCUGACUUUGACAAAAUCGGUGGCAUGAACACAGAGGAGUUUAAAGACCGCUGGGGAGGAGAGGACUGGGAACUGCUGGACAGAGUGCUACAGAACGGCCUGGAGGUGGAGCGGUUGAGAUUACGGAACUUCUUCCACUACUAUCACUCGAAAAGGGGCAUGUGGAACUCCCAGAUAAAGAAGAGCUCAAAAGGCUAAGACUCAGUCCGGAUAUUUAUAUACUGAAAGAGAGAGACUUCACUUUAAAAAAUGGGCUGUCCUGAGCAGUCACAUAACCUCUGAGUCAUGACCUUAUGAACCAUUAAGGAGGGAUACGCUCGGACAUGGCCUGGCUACCUUUGUGUAUGCACUUCAGUCCAACCCAAGAGCACUCACUGGACUCUUCUUUGUGCGUCAUCUGUGUGUGUGUGUGUGUGUGUGUGUGAGAGAGAGAGAGAUUCUUUAUUUGUUAAGAGAGGAUUUUUUUUUAUACUUGAAGUAACCAUGCUUGGAAAUUUUUACUGAAAGUGAAGGUAAAAUGAGAAAGCGGUCUGCCCAGCAGCUAGUGCAAGAAGACCGUAAUGAUAUCGAGUUAGAUUUCAGGAGAGAUUUUAGACAAGUUGUUUGAUGUGUGCCUCAUCAUGCUGUUAAAUAUGAAGGUAAUUGUGUAGAAGCUUAGCACUCUGGGUAAAUCUGUCCUCUAUGGGUAUAAGACGUUGUUGGUUUUUUGUUUUUUUUUUAAAUCCACAGCACUGAUUCCUGUUGAGGUGCAGGCUAAUAUGUAUGUUUUCCUUGAUCUGUAUACAUGUCCUAAUAUCUGCCAGCAGAGGGUGACACUGAAAUGCUGAUAGAAAUGAAUCAGUGUAUAUGUUGUGGACAAUAUGGCGCUGCUGAAACGUUUAGACAAAUCACCAUCGUGUUCAUGUUUGAGCAGUAGAGGUGGACGCUGGGGGAGUGUGUCAGCCCGGCGAAAGCUCAUAUUCGAUAUGGAUAUUCCCCAUUAUCAGGUUCUGAAGACGCUAAUACGUCAGGACAAGUCAGUUACCCUUCCACCUGCAUGCAAAUAUAUCCUACAGAUAAACACCACGUAGUUCACUAUAGUCAUAACUCAAAACACGAGAUUAAAGCAAAAGAUUUAAGCUGACGGAGCGUCUGCUGAAAGCCAUGAACUUAAGAACUGAGGUCAAAUGCAAUAAUUUUAAUAAAAGCUGUGACUGGUGAGAGGAAGAAGCAAACCCCUAUUGUUACAUUAAACUGUAUGGGUUUUCACAUACACUAUGCUAUAUACUGUAAAAUGAUGGAUUGUUGUUCUGGGAUAUGUGUUUAAAGGCGAGAUCAGUUCAUGAACUAAAUCUAUGACUAUACAAUUACAGCUGUCACGUAACAGGAAGCGCCUACACGUCUGUUCUAGCUGUUAAUUAACGUCAACCUGUCAAUCCUCUCAUUAAACACUUUUCUGAUAAAUAUCAUUUCUCAACAAAUGUAUAAUCCUGGUCAGAGUCAGGCACGAGAUAGGAAAUACGCACUAGAUAGGAUGCACACAUUCACACCUGUGGUCAGGCUGGUCAUGUUUGGGAGGUGGAAGGAAACCAGAGUACCUGUAGGAAACCAAGACAAACACAUAGUAGUCCACUAGAGAGCGUCAGAUACAUUUUGGUAUCACUUUUCGCCCACUGUCAUGUUGUCCACCACAUAUGUAGUCAAUAAUAACAAUGCACUAGUGUUGUAGCUGGCUAACCGGCUUUCCUUCUCCUAAAUACACUGAAUAGAUCAGAAAUCCUGCUGAGCUUUGACUUUCAUUCUAACCGGACCUCAGAGAUUGAAACUGGCUAAGCAUUUCAUUUGUUUUGUUUUUUUGUUUUUUUGUUUUUUUUGUCUGUGUGCGUUUGUUUCUCUUUGCCCUGGAUAGACACCAUAAACGUUACAUUCUCAGAUACAAUAUGCACUCUGGCUUGUGUUGAGAAACUCUUCCGUAGCUAUAGAUUGUUUUAGAGUGAGCCGUUACUGUAGUCUAUAGGCUUUCCAGUAGGCAAAUUUUGUUGUCUCCCAUGUGUGCCUUUGUUUUUGGUGUGUUCUUGGCAGACGGUGGCAAGCUGGAUUUUUAAUGGGAUUUUAACUGGUAUAUAAUGAUCAGAAAUUCUCUUCUCUGUUGUAUUGUGUAAAGGAGGAGGAAUGUGUGUCUGAGUUUCACAAGAAAAAUCACUGGAAUUGUCUGGAUGACGCUGAUACGGUAACUCCAGAGUUUUAUGCCCUUUAUUUCAAAAGCAAGCAGUAUUUACACUGACAGGAAUGACUCAGGUGCUAAAGAUGUGUAGAAGCGAUCAGCACAUUUUCUGCUUUGUGUCAUUCCAUACAUUACAUCUAACUCUGUUUACACGCUGAUGUAUUCAAACUGGUACGCUGCUUGUUGCGAAGGAUGCCGCAUACGUCUAAGGCGGUCACCGUGGCUGCUUUUUUCAAAUUCAUCGACGCUUUCUUUGUGCCCUCUCUUAAAGAACGAAUCCCGCAGACUCUGCCUGUUUUAGGAAGGACGAGACCGAAUGGUUUUGAAUUCAAACAGGGAUCUAUAUUUCGAAGUAAUUUCUGUGAAAUUGUCGUGUAGAUAAAUUUAAGAAUGUAUUGUAUUAUUUUCAUUUUCAGCCUUUUUGGUUAUUUUUGGAAGAAUAAAGUUUUAUGCUGAACUCUCAUAUUGACUUAUACUUUCAAUCUGUAUUAUAGUGUGUAAGUGUAAUUCAGAAUUCAUGCUUUUCUAAACAUCUCCAUCAGAGGGUGCUCUGUGGUUUCUUAAAAUGUAGUAAAACCUCAUAAGCCAGUUCCUGAAGUAAGUUCUCUUCACCCUUACAGGGAAAAACAUAAAGGAAGUAUUUAUGAAGUCAAACCCUGUGAUCUUUGUAACUGGAUAUGACACAUUAGAUUAGGAUUACAAAUGCUGUAGAGUUUGAAUGUUACGUGAGACUAAGCAUCGGAGUAAUUAAUCUGUCCUCCCUCAAAGAACAUUCUGGACAUAA